AUGACACGUCUUUGGACUUUAAAUGUCGCUGAAAACUUAAUCAACUUAAGAGCUGAAUAUCAAAGUCAAUUUGAAUAUGCAAGAAAUUCUGACCAUGCUGGUUUAUGGGAAAGAAUUGCAAAUAAUUUAAACACAGAUAAUACUAUUCAAAUAACUGCGAGACAGUGUCAAAAUAAAUGGUAUUCCUUAGUAAGAGGAUACCAUAAUUCAAAAAGAAUUUUAAAAGGAGAAGCCAGAAGAACAACAAAUUUAGUUUCUCCUAAUAGAUAUGAUGUACAAUUUUAUGAGUUGAUGAGAAGUGAAUUCUGGCUUCCUAGAGUGCAGGCAUUCUUGGAAUCGAUCAAGAAGUUAAUAAUAAAAAAUCAAUCUGAAGAAACAUGGAUUGAGGGCGAUAUGGGGUUUGGGCUUGAAUCCGAUAAGGAGGAUGAUGAGGAAGACGAUGAAAGUGCCAAUUCCCGAGAACAAUCCGUAGUGGAAGAAACUAUGGAGGUUUCGGGUAGUAGUAUCGCUGCUACACAGCAGAUGCAACUUGAUAGUCGUUCAGGAUAUAGCCAGCAUAUUAAUGUUUGCAAUCCAUCUAGCAGUGAUGAAAGUGACGAUGUUUCUAUUAUGGAUAUUAAUGAUGUUUCAUUAGAAAGCGAAGAGAUUUUUAAUUCUAUUAAUUCUAUAGAGAUGCAUUAUGAAAGUUUGCAUGAAGAUCUUCCUCCACCUGUUGAAGAAUUAUCACUUUUAAGUGACCAUAGCGGAAAUUCAGAAAAUUUUAUAUCUGAAGAUUCAAUAAUAAAUCAAGAUAUUUUAGAAGAAGUUGAAUCUGAAGUAAAUGUAAAUUACCCUAAUGAA